AUGGCGGUCCGAGCACAGUUCGAAAACUCCAACGAAGUCGGUGUCUUCGCAAAUCUCACCAACAGCUAUUGUCUCGUUGCCAUUGGCGCAUCAGAGAAUUUCUACUCAAUCUUCGAAUCCGAACUCGCAGACCUCAUCCCUAUCGCACACUGCACGAUUGCCGGUACAAGAAUCAUCGGACGAUUGACCGCAGGCAAUAAAAACGGCCUCCUAGUACCCACAUCCACCACAGAUCAAGAACUUCAGCAUCUGCGGAAUACGUUACCAGACAGCGUGAAAAUAGAACGGGUCGAGGAAAGGUUAUCAGCAUUAGGGAAUGUCGUUAUUGCCAAUGACCAUGUUGCCCUAGUCCACCCUGACCUCGAACGCGAGACCGAAGAAAUCAUCGCAGAUGCCCUUGGCGUCGAAGUCUUCAGACAAACAAUCGCCGGAAAUGUACUCACAGGUUCCUACAUGUCCCUCUCAAAUCACGGUGGAAUUGUACACCCCAAGACGAGUAUUCAGGAUCAAGACGAACUCAGCUCUCUACUACAGGUACCUUUAGUCGCUGGAAGCGUCAACCGUGGCAGCCCCGUGGUUGGUGCUGGUAUGGUCGUCAACGACUGGCUCGCCGUCACUGGAAUGGACACAACCGCAACAGAACUCAGCGUCAUUGAGAGUGUUUUCAGACUCGGUGAAGGUGGCCCUGGUGGUUUGGACGCCAGAAUGAAUGCCAACAAGGAGAGCAUUGUUGAGAGCUUCUACUAG